AAAAGCUCGUGCUUUAGCUCGACGGCAAACACAUUUAUUUAUUUCUUAUCUGUUUUUGUUGUUCUGUUGGCCAAGAAAACACUCAAGUGCUAAGACACUAACCAACGCUAUUUGUAAGAUAGACGCGCGCGUUAACUGUAGUCAUAUUAGUCUCAGUGGCCAGUGAAAUAAUUAUCAUACAACUCUAGCAUUUUUCAAAUAGAGCGUUGUGCUGACGUGGUUUAAAUAAUUUGUUACUUACGAAUUAAGUGUAAUCUUAAUUCAAUAUACUUGUUAAAUAGUUGUAUCUAUAUAAUGUCGACGAUAAAAUUGUUUUUAUGCUGCAUGAUGCUAGUUGCACUAGCUAUGGGCCAGGAGCAAGGCUACAGCUUCACAUCAAAAGAGGUCAAAUGCCACGUUUGCAAAGCAACGGUUCAGGAACUUGAGGAUGCAAUUGCCAAAGAGGAUCCCAAGAAGAUGGUUGACGUGAGCGGUUUCCGCUUGGACGCCAGUGGAAAUUCAAUCACCAAACGAGUGCGCUUCAUCAAAUCUGAAAUGUUCUUGACCGAGCUCAUGGAAAAGAUUUGUGACAAAAUGGAGGAUUAUCUGAAGGCCACCUACAAAAACAAUGGGAAAUUCACUUUGCUCAAGAUGAUCAUCGAUGGCAAAAUGAAUCCUGAUUCCUCGCUCGUUGACUUUGUUCAGGACGGUGAUCUGAAUAAGAGUCUCGGACACUUUUGCCUGGAGGUGCUGGAAGACAAUGAGGAAACGUUUUUGAAAGCAUUCCAAGCCGAAGAGCUGGGCAAUGAUUUGGAUAUUAAGAUCUGCUCAGAACAGGCUAAAUAUUGUGAUGACGCGCCCGUCCAGGAUGAAUACAACUUUGAGGGCAAGGAGGAACUGUGAUUCCAUUGCGAAAUGUACGAUUUUCUAUGAUCAUCAUCAUUGUUAUUGGAUCGUCUGCAACAGACGCUUAACUAAUUGACUGCAUUGACCUCUUAAACUAGAUGGAAUUUACAAUUUUUAUAUGCAACAUAAAAAUGACAAUAAAUUUGAAAUGGUA